GGAUGUUAGUCUCAUCUCGGCGCUUGGCUGUAGCUGACGAAUAAUAAUGGGCUGCGUUUGUUUAAUACUGCUUGUUAGUUUGGUGAGAGCUACUGUUGCGGAUCUCUAUCCAGUACUGUCGGGUUUGGAUGAAGAUCUACCGGAGAAUUCUUUUAUGCCGAAUGAGCGAGCUACAAUCGAUGACUGUCACUUACGUCACUACAGACAUGGAAACACUGGUAUAGUAGGACCGGCGUUUGCUAAGCCGGCCUUUUUAACGGAGUUUGCACACAUUGGAGCAAUCGGUUGGACUCAACCGGACGGCAAGAUUAUAUGGGGAUGCGGUGGCUCAUUGAUAUGGAACAAUUUCAUUAUCACCGCUGCUCAUUGCACUGCGAAUGAUGAUAAUGUUUCCCCAGAUGUAGUUCGCUUCGGAGAUUUGAACAUAUACAGCGAUGAAGAUGAUAAGUACGCACAACAGUUAACGAUCGUGAGCAUCAUUCGUCACCCUAAGUACAGUUUUAGUGCCAGAUAUUAUGACAUAGCGCUGAUGAAGUUAGAUCACAAUGUCACUGUACACGAGACAGUUGCACCCGCUUGUCUAUGGCUAGACGAAGAAGUCCGGUUUAAGGAACUAGAAUCAGCCGGAUGGGGACAGACAGGAUUUGUUGAAUCUCCAACACCCAUUCUUUUAAAAAUUACUUUGAAACCGAUGAGCAAUGAUAAUUGCACCGAACAUUACACAUCCACUACCGUUCGAGGCUUGCAAAGAGGGCUUGAUCAGCAUCAUAUUUGUGCUGGAGAUGCUAAGAUGGACACAUGUUUGGGUGAUUCUGGAGGCCCUCUGCAUAUACGGCUACAGCAUAAUUACAAAGUUACGCCUUUCCUCGUAGGCCUAACCUCAUUUGGGCGACCUUGUGGACAAUCUCACCCAGGAGUAUACACCCGCAUAGCACCGUUUCGCUCAUGGAUUGUGGAAACACUGCAGAACAACGGAUUGACGGGACUGAGGAACAGUGACUUUGAUCCUGCCGACUGUGCUUUACGUCACGUUGCAAUACGACAGUUGGCUAUUUCGAACGUCGUAACUAACCAGUCCGGCGUGUUCGAAUCAUUCGAUAUACAGCGAGAGUAUAUUUCGCGCGAUUAUGUAGGGGAAAAAGUGCAGCUUAAAUGGCCUGAUACAGUUACGCCCCAGAAAAACAAUUGUAUGGGCUCCAUUAUUGACCACAACAUAGUGGUUACGUUGGGUGACUGUACCUCGGAUGCAGGGUGAUGUGGAUUGAGAUUUUGCAUAACUUUCUUUACAAACUUUAAUACUUUUUUUAAUUUCAGACUGCAACCAUCGCAUGUAUUGCAUGCUGAAAGAACCGACGUUUGGGUACGGGACACUCCAGUUCUAGAUGAAAAGUUGUACAAUGUG